GUCGCGUUGCCGCCAAGCAAGGAAGUCCUUGACCUCUCUGAACCUCGCUACUUCCCAUGGAUGAAUGCCUUUAAGCGAGCAUCCGCGCCGUCCAAACGAAUUGAACGGAGUCCACUUGGGCCGCUCUCUCUGUUCUGUGACUGUCAACCUUCCACACCAGAUUGAGGGCUCGCCGUACCCGGAAUCGUUGCCAUGGCUGACCCUUUUUCAAUCACCAGUUCUAUUUCUGGCCUUCUCCCGCUUGUCCGAGAGAAGUUUGUGCUCAUAAGGGACGCUUUCGUCGUUGACAGGAAGUUGCGCCUUUACUUGGGGAGAGUGGAAUUGCAAAUGACGAUUUUCCAGGCAUGGGAUGAAGCCUGGACCGACUCCAACGAAAGACUUGACAAGAAGAUCACCGAGUUUGCCGAGACAGAUACGCUCUUGGCCAGGGGAAUACUCCAACAGCUAGUUGCCCUCCUCCGAACACUCUCGGAUCCAGAGAAGCUCAAGAGAAGAUAUGGGUUGGUCCUUCAAGUCUCCGCACACCAUCAGUCAGAGGACCUUGCUCUUGAGAUGAAGUACGGCAGCAGUUAUCUUUCCGACGUCAACGAUAAACUCCCCAGAGCAGACCUGGCUAUCUUUGAUGAAAACCGGCUGAGACAUAUGGCCUUCUUGCAAAAGAUCCGCUUUGGAAUUUCUGGAACCGUGUCCAGCCUCGAGGACUUGUUUGGCCGAUUGGACGAGUUCAACAGAUACCUUCAACUCUUAGCACCACAAGCGAUCCGUGCGAAUGCGGAUCGAAAGCUUUUCGAGUUGGCCGUGAAAGACAUCGGGAAAGACCCAGACAAAGCGAAACGGCUCGAGGAGGGAGCGGCCUAUGAGGCAAAGCACUCGAUCGAUCAAGGGGCCAAGGCGAGGUUUGAAGACCUGUCAAAGUUGGUCAACUUUAGCCUGGCUAUCCAAUCCGCCAACCCCGAUAUGUCCCGCAAGAAGAUCUUCAGCCGUGCUGACUUCUCGUUCGACAAGCCAUACUACAUUGACAGGAACACCACUCUAGCUCGUCUUUUCGACUACCCUACCAAGCACCAGUCCCGUAUAGUGCUUGUUGAGUGGGUAUUCCUCGACAAGCAUGCUUCAGGUUCAGCCAUUCUCAAGGUUCUGGAUGAGACCAAAGUGACGUGGAGCAUCCUCCAUGCCCACAAGCCACUCAAGAUCCUUCUGCCAUCUUCAAUCGGGCUGAUCUUCGAUGAUUCGAGCCCUAGAAACAUCGGGAUUGUCUUCCAACUGCCGCCACACAUUCGAGGUCGCGAGUCUCACAAAGACAUCCCGGGCGAACCCACCACAAGGGUCAUUCCGUCCCCGACGACCGUCGCCGAAAUCGGGAAGCCUACCAGCCUACGGCAGCUGAUCCUAAAGGAACCCCAGAGCUUAGACCUCGGAAUUCGCUUCCUGCUGGCCAAACAACUCCUCGACGCUGUCCAUCUAAUGCAUACUGCUAGAUUUACCCACAGAAACAUUCGCCCGGAUAACCUCCUCUUCUUCCCUGUCCCCCGGAGCAGGGAUCAGCGCAGGCACGAAGGAAGGGACGGACUCCUCCCCAAGUUGGACUUCACCAAGCCUCUCAUUGUCGGUUUCCACGAUGCCUACCUCCAAAUACAAGUCUCCAGCGACCCGCCACCGCCCUAUUCCCAACCAGAAGGCCUCAAACCCAUCCUCAAAAACUCCAAUCGCAAACCGCCUCGAGACGUUGUCAUUGACUGCUACACCCAUCCGGAGCGCCGUCUGGACCCACGCGGCCGCAGCGCGCCCUACCGCCUCCUAGACGACCUGUACAGCGUUGGCUGCGUGCUGCUUGAGCUGGGGCUGUGGGAGACGCUGGACCAUAUGGAGGGGGAGGACAUCGCGCUGCGGGCGCCGCUUGUGGGGGAGGUUGGAGAGAGCAUGGAGGUUGUGAUGUUCGAAAAGGAAGAGGAGGUGUGUAAGGACGCUGAGGUUGUGAAGAAGGCUGCUAAGCGCUUGGACGUAAUUACCGGGAGGAUCUAUGCUGAGGUGACAAGGGAGUGUUUGUCACCGAAGUCUCCUCGGGAUGUGUUGGAGACGGAGAGGCGGCUGGCGGCCAAGCUGGCUCAGGUUACGGCUUGACAGGGGGAUAUUCGGGAUAGAUCCAGAGUCCGCCCAUUGGAAAUUAUAUGGCUGGUCUUGGAGAAGACCCAAGCAACACAGGCAUGCCGAAGGGACCAGAGCCCGUGAGAAUGUACUCUUUGGAUAAGGUAUGCCAGCAAGAGAUGGGGAAGAGAACGCUGAAGGGUGGCUGGCGUUUCCCCAUUUUCUGUCCAUAUGCGCUGAGCUACGGGGGUACAGUCAGAGUUCGUUUAGAGUGACGUCCAACCAGCCUCUCGUUGCAACCACUGCCCCUUCCCACGGCUGUGAUCACCACCCACUACCACCGAGCCACAGUAGGAGCAUUGUAAACAUCAACUGCUUGUAUUCAGAUUCAAUCCCGCCCGUCAUGAGGACCGCAUGAGCUUGGCAUCC